AUGGCCAUUUGUUUUCUUGUGCUUCCCUAUCUUCUUCUUCUACUACUACUUUUUGGUCUAGUGGAAGCAGAGCAAAAGCAGAAUUAUGACUAUGGCUACUCCUAUUUCUCCAAUGAAGCAAUUCCCUUCAACUGCUCUUCAACCAUUCCCAUCAAUCUUUCAAAGAAAACCAGUACUAAUCUCUUCACUUAGAAAAACUCCUCAUCUUUUCUCUUAUUCAUCUCCCAAGUCAUUCGUUCCGCUUUCUGCUUGCCUUGCUGUUCUUCUAUGGUCCUCUCCUGCUAAUGCUGGAUUUCUUUCGGGUUAUACUGGUAUAGAAUCAGUUCCUGGCCCUGAAUUACCUAAGAUUGAGUUUCUUAAUCGUUGGAACGAUAAUAAUCAGAAAAAGUAUGCAGAACUCGAUGAAAAAUUCAAAGAGUCGCCUUUGCUUAAACAGUUACUCGAAAAAUCCAAGCAAAAUAAAGAGAAGAACAAAAGGUCAAUUGAAGACAAGUAUUGUUUACGCGGAGCUGAAUGGGGAGUUGGAGAUUGCUCAACAGCAGGAAUGACACCAGAAGACAGAGAUAGCUUCAUUGCCAUGUUGAAGCAGAAGGCUGGUGUAGAAUGAACGCGCAAUUAUGUACUACUCUUUAUCGAUGAUGCUGGUUUCAAUUUCCGAAUGCAGAGAGUGAAGAUUGAAGCGUAAUGCUGAAAAUUCGCGAUAGGAGACGGGGAGUUUGAUUGAGCCUUAUAACCUGUUAGUAUUAGCAUAAGCACAAGAACAUGUCAAAAGGGACAUUUCUUCUAUUGUUCUAUAGCUUGUAAAUACAUUGCACUAGUAAAUUAUGAGCUUGAGAGUGGCAUAUUGAUAGCGUCUGAUAUACCGUCAACUUUUUCAUUUAGAGGUGAUAUACUCUUGUAAUAAAAAGUGGCUCAUAUA